AUGAUCUCAUUGGAAGAACACCCGAACGACUUGUUCGCUACGCCCGGGCACGGUUCAAUCUCAUCAAUUGGCGAGCGGAAGGAUUCGACCGCUUCAGGCCCUCAUAGUACUACUUAUACCAUGGUUGACCCUUCGCAGCAGAAUAGACGGCGCAGUAUGGACGGGUCUGAUGACGGAAGCCAGGAAAGCGUCCACGUUGGCACCAAUUCUUUAGAAGACAAUAUGUCGGAUGAGUUCGGGUUAGCGACGGGUGGGCCUGGCGACGGUACCGAUUUGGGAGGAAAGCCAAAGGAAAACAAAUCUGAUCCCGCACCAGCUUGGAGCGAACUAAAGACGAAGGCAGGGAAGGAGAGAAAAAGGUUACCCCUGGCAUGUAUUGCGUGCCGGAGGAAAAAGAUACGUUGUUCGGGAGAGAAGCCGGCUUGUAAGCAUUGUCUUCGGUCCCGGAUCCCUUGUGUGUACAAAGUCACUACGCGGAAGGCGGCCCCGAGGACAGACUACAUGGCUAUGUUAGACAAGCGACUAAAGAGGAUGGAGGAUCGGAUUAUCAAGCUUGUACCGAAAUCAGAGCAGGAUACAUCAACCAAUAACGUUGUCCGGGGCGUGGUCAAACCCGCCAUCCCCGGCACCCUUCCUACGGGGAAGCAAACAGCAAAGAAACGAGGCGCAGAGGAGGCAUUUGGCGCAGAACUCGAUAAUUGGGCUAGAAAUGGCCCUAAAACUAGGUUGGAGGGCUCCGGCAAGCCCACAUCAUUGCAAGUGCAAGAAGCGGAGGAAAGCAAGCUACUAUACGAAGGUGCCGAAGCUUUACCACCGAAAGACUUACAGGAACAUCUCGCAGACGUAUACUUCGAAAAUAUUUAUGGCCAGGCAUACCAUCUUCUCCACAAACCGAGCUUCAUGAGAAAACUCAAAGCUGGCACCUUACCCCCAGUUCUAGUGCUUUCUUUCGCGAUGACGAACAAUUUUCUCCGAGGAGAAGAAUGGGCAGCUCCAGCUCGAGAUAUCGUAACGAGGCGCUACGAAUGGCCCAACAUUACGAUUCUAACAUGUCUACUGCUGCUCGGCUUGCACGAAUUUGGUACGUGUCACGGAGGUAGGAGUUGGGCGUUAGGUGGUCAGGCCACUCGAAUGGCGUUUGCAUUACAGUUGCAUAAGGACUUAGAAUACGAUCCUAUGCGGCUGAAUCCGACGAAGCAACUUAGCUUCAUCGAUCGCGAAAUCCGAAGGCGAACGAUGUGGGCUUGUUUCCUGAUGGAUCGUUUCAAUUCUUCGGGGACGGACCGUCCUAUGUUUAUAAAGGAAGAGACGAUCAAGAUUCAACUACCAAUUAAAGAAAAACUCUUCCAGCUUGACAUGCCAGGACCUACUGAAGAUCUGCAAGGACAAGUUCCUCAUCCGGUACCGAUGGAUGAGGGCCAGCUCUCCGAUGCGAAAGAUAACAUGGGCGUGGCAGCAUACAUGGUUCGCGCCAUUGCCCUAUGGGGGAGAAUAAUAAAUUUCUUAAACCAAGGGGGAAUGGACUCGGACGAGCAUUCGAUGUGGGAGGAAGAUUUUGCCGAGAACCUACCAGAUGGGUUGAAAUAUAAAGGGAUGGCCAAUCAGUUUUUAUUUUUACAUAUCUCGAUCCAGCAAAAUGUCCUAUUCAUGAACCGAUUCGCGGUGUCUUCGCCAGCCGGUUUAUCCAAAGCAGACGUCCCCAACACCUUCAUUACACAGGCGGGGUCAAAAGCGUUUGCUGCUGCUAAUAGAAUAUCCGAGCUACUAAAGGAUGCGGAGCAUUACAUGAUCGCAGCGCCUUUCGUCGGCUACUGCGCAUUUUUGUCGAGUACCGUUCAUAUAUUCGGUAUUUUCUCCGGUAACUCCACCGUAGAGACAGCCGCAAAGAAGAACCUAGCUAUAAACGUGAAGUUUCUCUCGAAGAUGAAGCGCUAUUGGGGCAUGUUCCACUUUAUGGCGGAGAAUCUACGCGAGCAGUAUAAGACAUGCGCUGAUGCUGCGCGCCAAGGUACUCCAGCGGGCGAUAACUCAGCAGCUUCGCCUAUAUUCCAGUAUGGAGAUUGGUUCGACCGGUACCCGCACGGCGUGUCGCAGCCAGAAUUCGUUGAACCGGCUUCUUUCAAAAAGAAGGAAACUGGAGAGGAUGCAGUGCUCGAGCAGAAACCAGAACUUCACACGGUUGAAGAAUUCUUCACGCAGCUCUCGCCGCCACAAAGUACAGGCGAGGGACGCGAGAAUGCUGGAUCCGGCAGGCCGCCCUUAAUGAAACGGAAGUCGAUAGCGAAGAAGGGCAGCAUCUCUUCGCGUGGCGAACAUCAACAACUAGAACCCCUCCUUACUGAUCUCAACGGCGCUAGUAUACCCGAACAGAUCCAGCGCAUCCAGCAUGCGCAACAACAGAGGGCGCAGGCACAACGCAAUUAUUCUCGUCUAGGCGGGCAAACUAGUGGGCCGACCUCUUUCAACUCUAACCUCGCACACGCACGCUUACAAAAUGCAGCAGCGAACUACCACGCCUUAUCUCCGAUUAGCCCUGUCACCGUUGGCGGGUUCCAGCACGGUCAUGGUCACGGCCACGGACACCAACACCCCGCCUUCUAUAACCAGGAUUUGCUUUCGCUGUCCCUCUCAAACAAUGCUGCGGGAAUGCUGCCGCAGCUGGAUCGCCAACUCGUAUUCAACGCAUAUGGCCAGUUAGAUCCUUCAACGAUCAGCGGACCUGAGGCUAUUAUGGACUGGGACGCGUUGGCUGGUAACGGAAGUAGCUCAAGUAGAGGGCAUAACGCAAACGGAUCCAAUGCUGGCUCUGGUGACGGGCCAGGUAAUCAUCAUCAUGAUAGCUUGCCUGGCGGAUUUGUUGCCGAACCAUCUUCUGCAUGGUUUAUGCCAUUCAACAUGGAGCCGCCAGAAAUGGGCCAGGAUCUGGGCGGCAUGGGCGGUGUCGAUGGGUUUGGGCUCUUCAGUCCCGGCGUGCAUACCCCUGGUGCUGGAUUAGGCCUUCGGAGGGGAGGCCGAUAG